AUGGGUCUCGUGGACGCAGCCUCGGCCUACGACCACAACCCGCUCGGCCGUACACCGCUCGCGGACAGCGCCCAGAGAAGCGCCCCAGCCACAGCACCAAGGAUGAGGAGAAAGAAGAACUGCUACAAGCCGACCACAACAGCACAAGGUGGAGAACAAGAUGGAAAGGCAGCCACAACACGGACAGCACUACACCCGCCAGACUCGACGAGCGGCUCGUGCACGCUCUUCGUGGUGAUACUGGUGAGCUACCUGGUGCUGAACCUGGGGCUGGGGGUGAUGUUCGCGGCCAUGCCCGGGUCCCUCUGGUCCACGUCCAUCUCCAUCACGAACGCCGUUACCGCCGUCAUCCUGCUCAUCUUCCUGCGCCUCCGCUUUCACACGUCCUUCGUGCUUUUCUUGUGGACCUCCCACCUGUACCUCUUCGCCUCACGCCUCACCGUCUGCGAACCCACGCUGGGCGUUGACAAGUGGUGCGUUCUCACCGCGGCCUUCUUCAUCGCCGGCGUGCAAGGCGGCAGCGUCACGCUCUUCAUCGGGACCCUUCUCCACAUGUUCCUCCCGUUGUGGGGCCACCUCGCGCGCGACGCGCUCUACUGCACCGCCUUCCCCGCACAGUCCCUGCCCUCCUUGCGCAUGAUCGGCACAUUCCACUUUGCGCUGUACGUGGGCAUAUCGUGCGUGGGUUACGAGCUGUCUCGCUCCUCGGCCCUCCGCCAAAUGCAGCGCGCGCUGGCGGAGAAGGAGGCCACCAAUGCGCAGCUCCUCCAGGUGAGCAAGGCCAAGGAGCGCUUCAUCGCCAACACCAGCCACGAGCUGCGCACGCCGCUUCACGGCAUCAUCGCGAUGACCAGCGAGCUGCUCGAGGGCGAGGGUCUGCAGCAGAAGCGCGUGCGCGACGCCGUGGUGCUGAUCCUGAGCUGCGCGCAGCACCUGAACACCCUCAUUACCGACAUGCUCUCCUUCCAGACCCUCAUCAGCGCCAAGCCCGACCUCGUCUACGCUGCCUUCUCGCUGACCGACGAGAUCGAACGGGCCUGGGGGCAGGCCGUCGCCGCUGCCUACCGUAAGGGCGUGCGCAUGACCUCCAACGUCCGCCUGCAGCACUGGCGACGCUGGGGCAACGCGCAGAGCGUGCGCCAGGUCCUGCAGUGCCUCCUCUCGAACGCCGUCAAGUUCACCCCGACCGGCGGUCAGGUGGAGCUCGUCGCGCGCGAGCUGAACAGCAGCGCCGCCGAGCCCCAGGAAGUGUCGCUCGGCUCUGACUUGGCCGACGCCGCGAGCGAGAUGGUCGAGUUCCGUGUCAUCGACACCGGCAUCGGCAUCGAUCCGGAGAAUCGCGCUCACCUUUUCUCCGGAUUCACCCAGCUCGACGAUUCCCUGCGGCGCGAGUACGGCGGCAACGGUCUGGGGCUGGCCAUCGGCCAGCGGCUGGUGGAGGCCAUGGGCGGCAGCAUCGCCUGCUCGAGCGAGCCCAACCGCGGCUCUACCUUCACCGUCGUCCUGCCGCUGCCCCUCGCGCCCAGCGACGACCACCCGCCCACCGCCAGCAGCGCCCAGGGCAUCCCCCAGACCGGCAGCGGAGAGGGCUCGCCGGCUCUGGGCGUGGCGCCGCUGCUGCCGCAUGAUGAAGAGGGAAGGGAGAAGGAUGAGCUGGUGGAGGAGCAGCGUCCGAGGCGAGGGGAGAACAAGCUCCGGGUGCUGCUGGUGGAGGACAACAUGGUCAACCAGAAGGUGGGCGUGCGGAUGCUGGAAUCGCUCGGCUGCGAGGUGGACGUGGCGGUUAACGGCCUCGAGGCCGUCGCCGCCGUCGAGCGCGCCCUCGGCUUCUUCGGUGGCGAGGGAAGCGAAGGCCACGACGACCACACCGCUGCCGCCGCCACCACCGGCGACAAUGGCCACCACUACCACUACGACCUCAUCCUCAUGGACUGCCAGAUGCCCGGUAAAACGCUCCACGCCCACACCACCAUCGCCCUUGGCCCGCGUGCUGACGUGGUGAUGGACGGGUUCAAGGCGACGAAGCGGAUACGCGAGCUGGAGCGGCGGCGCCGAAUAGCGGAGGAGGUGGCCGAGAGGAGGAAGGUGGUGGUCCGUGUCCCCAUCGUGGCCGUCACCGCCUCGGCCACUCAAAAGUACGAGGACAAGGCCUACGCCUGCGACAUGGACGAUUUCGUGGCCAAGCCACUCAAUCGAAGCACGCUCAAGGCGGCGCUUGAUAAGUGGACGCGACGACCGGCGGCCGCUGUACAGAGAGAGGACGACCGCCAAAAGGGAGGGAUUGAGGAAGCCACUGAACCUGUGCAUCACUCGUUCAACAAGUGUACAUAA